UGUUAGUUAGAUGCAGAAAAUUGUGAUUCCCUAUAGAAUAGUCAGUAGAAACAAAAAUUUAAAGCUUUUGUUAGUUAAAUUGUUUAAGAAUGGCGAUUGAACGUAUCAUCAUUGUGGCACUCAUUGCCACAAGCUUGAUUUCCAUGACCAGUGCCAUUCCCGGCACUGCCACUUUCUACACAACUUAUUUUCCAUCGGCAUGUUAUGGCAAUGAAGACCGAGGCAGAAUGAUCGCAGCGGCAAAUCCUUCAUUGUACAACAAUGGAGCAGCAUGUGGAACAAGGUAUCGAGUGACUUGCACUGGACCGACUAACCAAGGCGUACCACAACCUUGCACGGGGAAUGAUGUAACCGUAACAAUUGUAGAUCUUUGCCCAGGAUGUGGAGCUGACCAACUUGAUCUCUCCCAGGAAGCCUUCUCCACCAUUGCUAACACUGAUGCUGGAAGAAUCCGAAUUGAAUAUAAUCAGGUCUGAGACAACUUAAUGUGGGAAAACAAGAAACUUCAAGUUACCGAGAAUAAGCUUUUCAGCAUAUUUUAGGCAUAAUAUAAUAAGUCAAUUUAAGAAUUUUCUGUAAUAACAAGUUGGUGUUUGCUGUGUGAAUGUGAAGAUAUCUAUUGAUAACUUCCAUAUACAAAUAAAAUUUCGAAAUUUAUGUAUCACUGCGAUAUUUGUUA